AUGUCGUCUCCCGAAAAUGCUGACUCACGAGAAGGUACGUCUGUUGUUGUUGUUGUUGUUGUUAUCACACCAAGUUCGUGGUCAGCAUCAUAUGUAUGUGCUAAAAGCUACCAUUAACAGAAUUAGAUAUAUAUUAUGUAUGCAAGAAGAUAAUCCUGCAACCAGAGUAGGGGAGACCGGGAUAGGCUGUCUCACUUUUCACUCUCCAAUGAUUUGCUCAUGGUUAAAAUACCUUACCUUAUUGUCGUCAUUGAAUCAUCAUACAUUGAACAAAAGCUUAUGGACUCUGCAUUUGUCGAAUUAAACCCCUUUCAAGUAACAAGUAACAUAGUAAAAACAUAAGAGUUGCAAAAUUAAGGAUUUGUUUACCUAUAGAUUAAACCAUUAAUUCUGCUAUGAAAAUGAUCAUUCUUGAUAUUAACAUGUCACAGUGCUAUAAAGGGACAUUCCGGUGUAAAAUUAAUUUAGACUGUGGCUGUGUCUGAAAUGAAUCACUCAAUCCUGAACCCCUAACCCCCAUAUGGGAUCUCAGUAUAUAGCUGACUAUGUAGUGAACUUAAUCACCGGAGGUUUCGGACACUACAUAGUAAGACGCGAUGCAUGACGGGAUGCCCACCACCGGUGAGUGACCAUCUGAUGGUCACUACAUUUUGCAGUGCUUUAUGGGAAAUUUUGAGUCGCCUAUAUGGGGCACAGGAAUUGAUCACUCAGGUUUCGGACACCCCUAAAAAUGGCGCUAACCCCCAUAUAGUCGCCUAUAUAGGGGUUAGGGAUCCAUUUCGGUCACAGCCUGGAGAGAUGAAUGUUGCCGACCGCUUGCUUCUCUAGUUAUACCAACAUUAGUAACGACCGCACGAUAGCAAUACACAGUGGUCUGAGGAGCCAUAAACAAACCUCAACCAAAACGCCACUCUAUAGCCACAAAUAAUGCUCAGAACAGCAACAACAACAGUACAUGUAGGGUCCCAGCCAUAGUACUAGCCACCAAACAUCUUUUUAACUUUGCCUAAUUUCUUUCGCAAUGAUCAUUUCUUCAUGGAAAUGCAAUCAGACUGAGACGCAAAGGCAGAAGAACUACCGUGUCUGCAGUGCAAAAUGAUUAAUAUGGUGGUUAUUACUUUAAGGAAAUGAUAAAGAAAUUAUCAUUAAUGUUCUUCCUUGAGCUGCGUCACCCUGCAGCAGUCCGUAAUGGACUGGCCUGAGGACUUGCUACAAACAAGCGGCUGCUGGAAGAGAGUAGGUGAGUUGUGUUUAGUCUCUUUGCGAAAGAAAUUAGGCAAAGUUAAAAACAUGUUUGAUGGCUAGUGCUAUGGCUUGGACUCUAUCUGUACUGUUGAUGAAGUUAGGUGCUGUUCUGAGCAUUAUUUGUGGCUAUAGAGUGGCGUUUUGGUUGAGGUUUGUGUGUGGUUCCAUAGAUCGCUGUGUAUUGCUUUGGUCAUUACUUAAGUUGGUAUAACUAGAGAAGCAAGCAGGCGGCAACAUUCGUCUCUCGAGGGGGUGUCUAACUCUGCAUUAUGGUGUGUUUGACCCUAAAUUAAUUUUAUGCCGGAAUAUCCCUUAAGCUGUACCUGAAUAACCAAGACAACCGACUCUAGUCUCCCAAAGCGAUAUCAAUGUAUUCUUUCAUUUCACUUCAGUCUGUGAGGCUGCGCCCCCGACACCAGAGAAAACCGAAGCUCUAAGGAUUGUGCUGCUGGGCAGGACAGGAUCAGGCAGGAGCUCCUCCGGUAACACCAUCCUGGGGAGGUCUGCUUUCUGGGUGGAUGUUUCCCCUGAUUCUGUCACCAAGCACUGCCAGAAGAUGACCGGGACAGUAGACGGACGAAAGAUCUCAGUGGUUGACACUCCUGGAUUCUUCCACACUCAGCUGUCCCUUCAGGAGGUCAUGGCAGAAGUAGGACGCUGUGUCGUCCUGUCCUCCCCUGGACCACAUGUCUUCUUGGUGACCCUGCAGCUUGGCAGGUUCACCCAGGAGGAGAGGGACGCCUUAGAGUGGGUGAAAGCUACGUUUGGACCUGGAGUUACCAGAUUUACUAUGGUGUUGUUCACCUGGGGGGACCAGUUACGAGGAAAACCUGUCCAAGACUUCUUUGAAGUUAGUGAUGAGCUGUCAGAGUUCAUCAGCAGCUGCCACGGAGGAUAUCAGGCUUUUGAUAAUACUGAACAGAAAAAGACACCAGAGAGCUCAGAACAGGUCACACACCUCCUGGAGAAGUUGGAGAAGCUUGUGCAGAGCAAUGGAGGAGCAUGCUACAGCAAUGAGAUGUUCAAGGAGGCCGAGACGGCAAUCAGAGAUGCACAACAGAGGAUUCUGAGAGAAAUAGGACCCACUUCGGAGUCCCAGCCUAAGGAAUCGAAAGGAUCAGAGAGUAGGAGGGAAGAGGAGGAGAGAAAAAGAGAGGAAGAGGAGGCACAGAAAAGGGCAGAGAGGCUUUUCUGGAGUGAGUUGGUGACGGCUUUGGGGAAAGGUGCAGCAGAGGGGGCGGGGAUCAUGGGGAAAGACAAAGGGAAAGGGAAAGCUGUGAAGAAAGUGAAGGUGAUAGAGAAGGCAGCAGCUCUGGCAGCAUCACCGCUCUCUGUCAGCUCAGCUGCAAAGGCAGUGAGCGGAGCUGUCAGAGAGGGGAGCAAGGUCCUAUACAAACACAGAAAAACCUUCCUGCAUUGA